AUGCUGGCGCAGUGCUCCUCCUCCUUCUACCCCAAGUUUAUGGCUUCUCUCCACACCAACACCACCAAUAACCCCAGCAGUACUCACAUCGCCAUGCCGCCGCGGCUUCAUCAGUUGCAGAAACAACGAAUCAUGAAGUCCGACAUCUUUGAAGAUCAAGAGAGUUUGUGCCUGAGACACAGCGACCGGUUGAGCCAAGCCGAGAUGCAUUCUUUAUACGACCAGCGACUCCCCAUCUCCAAUGGCGAAGCCAGCAGCAUUGCGGAAGUGACCCUUUUGUUCCGGUUACUGAGACAAGCUCGAUACCCUGUUUCGACAGAUGUGCUGCGCAGGUUCCAUGAUGGUAGAGGAGAGUUCAUGGCGUCUCUCAGCAAGGAGAUGGAUGGGCUGAUGAAUCUAUUUGAAGCGUCGAAUUUGAAUACUGGUGGGGAAUUAAUACUCUACAGGGCCAAUGAAUUCAGUAGCCAUCACCUCAGGUCCUACAUGGCAUCUUUGGGGCCAGAGUUUGCAGUAACUAUUGAACAUGUGCUGGAGACUCCAUCUCAUAUGACCUUGCAGAGAUUCCAAGCCAGGAAAUAUCUUGAUAGUGACAACUUCUAUCACAAUUUGCAUGUUCGAGAAUUGGGGGAGAUGGAUUUCACCAUGCUCCAGUCACUGCAUCAAAAGGAACUAAAACAAGUCACAAGAUGGUGGAAGAAGUCAGGAUUGGGCCAAGAGCUAGGGUUUGCUCGGGAUCAAUCCUUGAAGUGGUUCACUUGGACAAUGACAUGUCUACCAAACCCUAAAUUUUCAAGUUAUAGGGUUGUUCUCUCGAAGAUCAUCGCAUUUGUUUAUCUUCUUGACGAUAUUUUUGACGUGGAAGGAUCGAUCGACGAUCUCCAUCUCUUUGUACAGGCCAUUGAAAGAUGGGAUCACUCUUCAAUGGAUUCACUUCCCAACUACAUGAGGGUAUGCUUCAAGGAAUUAAAUAGCACUAUCAAUGAGAUUGCCGAAAUUGUGCUCAAGGAACAUGGAUGGAAUCCAAUCGAAUAUCUAAAGAAAUCAUGGAUACAAUUAAGUAAUGCAUUUUUAGUGGAAGCAAAAUUGUUGUCGAAAGACCAAGUCCCGACAAUGGAUGACUACAUGAAGAUUGCCACAAUUACUUGUGGUGUUCCUGCAGCCUUAAUGCACAUGUAUUUUCUAUUAGGACAUCGCACGACGAAUGAUCUCUGUGAAGAUCUGCCGAGUCUUAUAUCUUGUCCUUCGAGAAUUCUUCGACUUUGGGAUGACUUGGGAAGUGCAAAGGACGAAAAACAAAUUGGGAGGGAUGGCUCGUUGUUGAUUUGCAUGAUGAAGGAGAACCCACAUUGGUCGUUAGAAGUUGCAAAGGAAAAAGUAAUGCAAAUGAUAGAUGAAGAGUGGGAGGAGCUCAACAAGGAAUGCUUCAGUUCAUCGACCUCAACAUUCUCUCAAGAUUUUGUGACGGCUUGCUUGAAUAGUGCUAGGAUGGUGAGGGUGAUGUACAACUACAACGAGGAGCAUAACCUCCCCAUGCUUAAGGAGUAUAUAAACUUAUUGUUGUUUAAACAAAUUUAA